GAAGCGGAGGAUUCUGCCGGGUUCGGGUGCGGUAGGUGGUCCGGGGGGGAGACGGUGGAAUAUCGACACUCUCCGUAGCCGUGUAGCUGGGGCCUGGCUUGGUCCUAAUUCUCUUCAAGACUGGGGUCGGGCCCAGGUCCCGUGUCGGGGUCGAUUUCAUCCGCAAUCCGAGCGUCCUUUGUUUCCAGUGGGCCAUGGUUGGACUUGCAGCCGCAGUGUGUCCGGGAAGAAGGUAACAGAUUUACAAACCUCCCCUCUGUCAGCCCCGCCGUUCACACACAGCCAUGAACCCCUAUCAGUGCCCCAGCUGCGGGAAACGCUUCAAGCAAUCGAGCAAUCUGAUCACACACCAGCGGGUUCACACCGGGGAGAAGCCAUUUACCUGCCCUGACUGCGGAAAACUGUUCGCCUACCGCUCCAACUUCGUGGUCCACCUGCGGAUCCACACCGGAGAGAAACCGUUCACCUGCUCUGAGUGCGGGAAGGGGUUCACCCAGUCAUCCGAACUGAUGAAGCACCAGCGGGUUCACACCGGGGAGAAGCCGUUCUCUUGUACCGAGUGUGGGAAGGAGUUCAGCCGUUCAUCUGAUUUGCAGAACCACCGGCGAGUUCACACGGGAGAGAAGCCAUUUACUUGCUCUGAGUGUGGGAAGGGGUUUACGCAGUUGUCAAAUUUGGUCAACCACAAGCGAGUCCACACCGGGGAGAAACCGUACAUCUGCUCUGAGUGUGGGAAGGGAUUCACUCAGUUAUCCAACAUGUUUACACACCAGCGAGUUCACCGGGGGGAGAGGCCUUUCAUCUGCUCUGAAUGUGGGAAGGGAUUCACUCAGUCAUCUCACCUGACGACCCACCAGCGAAUGCACACCGGGGAGAGGCCCUUCACCUGCUCCGAGUGUGGUAAGGCAUUCACGGAUUCCCGUUACCUGUUGAGACACCAGCAGCUGCACAGCGGGGUGAAGCCAUUCACCUGCUCCGACUGUGGGAAGGGCUUCACUCAUUCAUGUGACCUGCUGAAUCACCAGCGGAUCCACACUGAGGAAAGACCGUUCACCUGCUCCAAGUGUGGGAAGGGAUUCACCCGUUCGUCUGAAGUGUUAAAGCACCAGCGGAUACACACCGGGGAGAAACCGUUCACCUGCUCCGAGUGUGGGAAGGGAUUUGCUGAACAAUCUUACUUACUGAUACACCAGCGACUUCACACUGGGGAGAAACCGUUCAUCUGCUCAGAGUGUGGGAAAGGGUUCACUCAGUUGUCCAACCUGCGAACACACCAGCGAGUUCACACCGGGGAGAAACCGUUCAUUUGCUUAGCCUGUGGGAAGGGAUUCACUCAACCAUCUUCCCUGUUGACUCACCAGCGAAUUCAUACUGGGGAGAAACCGUUCAUCUGCUCAGAGUGUGGGAAGGGUUUUGCUCAGUUGUCGAACCUGAGGACACACCAGCGGGUUCACACUGGGGAGAAGCCAUUCACCUGCUCUAAGUGUGGGAAGGGGUUCACCCAGUCAUGUCACCUGGUGACUCAUCUGCAAACUCACACUGGGGAGAAGCCAUUCAUCUGCUCCAACUGCGGGAAACGCUUCAAGCAAUCGAGCAAUCUGAUCACACACCAGCGGGUUCACACCGGGGAGAAGCCAUUUACCUGCCCUGACUGCGGAAAACUGUUCGCCUACCGCUCCAACUUCGUGGUCCACCUGCGGAUCCACACCGGAGAGAAACCGUUCACCUGCUCUGAGUGCGGGAAGGGGUUCACCCAGUCAUCCGAACUGAUGAAGCACCAGCGGGUUCACACCGGGGAGAAGCCGUUCUCUUGUACCGAGUGUGGGAAGGAGUUCAGCCGUUCAUCUGAUUUGCAGAACCACCGGCGAGUUCACACGGGAGAGAAGCCAUUUACUUGCUCUGAGUGUGGGAAGGGGUUUACGCAGUUGUCAAAUUUGGUCAACCACAAGCGAGUCCACACCGGGGAGAAACCGUACAUCUGCUCUGAGUGUGGGAAGGGAUUCACUCAGUUAUCCAACAUGUUUACACACCAGCGAGUUCACCGGGGGGAGAGGCCUUUCAUCUGCUCUGAAUGUGGGAAGGGAUUCACUCAGUCAUCUCACCUGACGACCCACCAGCGAAUGCACACCGGGGAGAGGCCCUUCACCUGCUCCGAGUGUGGUAAGGCAUUCACGGAUUCCCGUUACCUGUUGAGACACCAGCAGCUGCACAGCGGGGUGAAGCCAUUCACCUGCUCCGACUGUGGGAAGGGCUUCACUCAUUCAUGUGACCUGCUGAAUCACCAGCGGAUCCACACUGAGGAAAGACCGUUCACCUGCUCCAAGUGUGGGAAGGGAUUCACCCGUUCGUCUGAAGUGUUAAAGCACCAGCGGAUACACACCGGGGAGAAACCGUUCACCUGCUCCGAGUGUGGGAAGGGAUUUGCUGAACAAUCUUACUUACUGAUACACCAGCGACUUCACACUGGGGAGAAACCGUUCAUCUGCUCAGAGUGUGGGAAAGGGUUCACUCAGUUGUCCAACCUGCGAACACACCAGCGAGUUCACACCGGGGAGAAACCGUUCAUUUGCUUAGCCUGUGGGAAGGGAUUCACUCAACCAUCUUCCCUGUUGACUCACCAGCGAAUUCAUACUGGGGAGAAACCGUUCAUCUGCUCAGAGUGUGGGAAGGGUUUUGCUCAGUUGUCGAACCUGAGGACACACCAGCGGGUUCACACUGGGGAGAAGCCAUUCACCUGCUCUAAGUGUGGGAAGGGGUUCACCCAGUCAUGUCACCUGGUGACUCAUCUGCAAACUCACACUGGGGAGAAGCCAUUCAUCUGCUCCAAGUGUGGGAAAGGGUUCAGCAAUUCCUGUUACCUGUCCAGACACCAGCAAGUUCACAGGGCUGUGAAGCUCUUCACUUGUUCUGAGUGUGGGAAGGGCUUCACUCGGUCGUCCAGCCUGGUGAAACACCAGAAAGUUCACACUGGGGUCAGGGUUUAAUAUACCACAAGGGGCCCUUAGAUCUACAUGUAGAGAGACCUUCCCGAUUCCCCCAGUGGUGGUGGGAUCCGAAGUUCAGUACACAAGCUCAAGAAAAAGUUUGAAAAACACAUGGGAUUUCCGAAAACAAUUUCUGGUGCCAAAUGCCUACCACAAUUGAGUGCUCCCACCCAGCUUGAUUCAUUUGUGCAUUUAAAGAAGGAACUUGUUUUCCAUUAAUUUUAUUCCCAUGCUGUGGUGUUACAGGAAAUAAAAAAGAGAUUAAAAAUAUUGCUGCAGGUUUAGAAAGAGUAAGUAAUGGCAUCCCUGCUCCCUUGCAGAAAGCCACAGAUGUAGUUGCCAUGUGUAAAAUGGCUCUUCAAAAUCGCAUCGCGUCAGAUGUCUCAACCCUCGGUGGGGAGGAACGUGCAGUUCGAGGCAAGGAGUGCUGUACUUACAUCCUGUACCUGACAGAACUGAUUUGGCUGACCAUAUACACAAAGAAACAGCUACAAUCCAUCAGUCAGAGGGUGGGAUUUCUUUAACUGUAUUCAAUUACAAUUUGGAGACUGGUGUUACUCAAUCUUAAUGAAUGUCCUGAUACACCUUAACAUAAUUUUGAUGUUUUACUUGUAAAAGGGCAAUCAUUACUCGAGCAGCUCAAACUCACAUAAGCGUACCUGUUUACAAAUAUAAUCUACCUAACACUGACAAAAUCGUACGAAUACCCGUAAUCGAUGAAUUUCUGAUUAUUUUAUACUUCUGUCCUUCUGCCUCCAAAGUUUCAGAUGUAAUAAUUUUAAAUGGGUAAUUUAGAAUUCAGGUCAGGGGUGUUGAAUUGGACUAUAUAAUAGCUACUUUUCUUGUGGUUUAACCUUGUUAUGGUUGUUUCUAAAGGAAGGAAAUAAGGAAAUUGCCUUUUAAACUCACAAGAGAGCACAGGCCAUCAACUUUUUGCUGUUGACGUUUCUGUAGCAGGCAACUUCUUUUUUACAAAGUCGAGAUGCUAACUGGACGCUCAACCCAGCAUGGAUGGAAAGCGUGCAAGGGAGCUGGCUGGGUUCGAACUCGGGAGCCUUCGCUCCGAAGUCCGGCGCUGAUGCCACUACGCCACCAGCCGACGUGGUUGUUUAUAUUAUUAUAUAAUUACCACUGUGUAUGUACAGAGUUGCUCAGUGUGUUUUCUAAUGAUUGCAGUUUUUCUGGAAAGUUUUUAGUUCCAGUGGUGGGUAUUGCAUUAUUUGAAUAGGUGCUAGCUUAUUGGUUAAUUUAAGGAAUGGAAUUCAGAUGAAAUGCUCACUAUCAGUAGUCCGGUAUAAGAAAAUUAUACCACUUUUUUUCAAGUCAAGUUUAUUGUCAUUUAACUAUAUAUGUGUAUAUAAUGUAUAUAGAAAUGAAAGAAUGUUUCUUUGAACCAGGGUGUAAAGCACAGGAGUACACUCAUAACACACAAUAACUGAUGAAAUUAAGGAUAAAAUCUACAGAUCAAUUACAUUAAUAUUAACUUUUGAAAAGUAUAGAACAAAUUAACCAGUGACACUUCGAAGGCCAUGUGGCCGGGAGUUCAGAAGCCUAAAGGCCUGGGGAAAGAAACUGUUUCUUACCCUAACCGUUCUUGUUUUUAUACACCGUAGUCUCCUGCCUGAUGGUAGAAAGUCAAAGAGGAUGCUGGAUGGAUGGAUGGGAUCCUUAAUAAUAAUAAGGGCCCUGCGUAUACAGCGCUCCUGAUAAAUGUCCCCGAUGGAUGGUAGGGAGACCCCUAUGAUCCUCUCAGCUGUUCUCACAGUCCCUUGUAGGGGCUUCUGGUCUGAUGCUCGACAGCUCCCAUAACAGUUGGAGAUGCAACUUGUCAGGACUCUCAAUCUCUCAUUGUGCUAUUUAUUUAUUUAUUUAGAGAUUCCUCACGGAUUAUGCCCCUCUGGGACUUUGAGCCACAAUGCCAGCAACCCACUGCUUGAACCCUAACCUAAUCCCAGGACAAUUUGACAAUGACCAAUUGACCGACUGUGGGAGGAAUCCAGGGCACGCAGAGGAAACCCUCACAUUCCGUGGGAGACGUGACAAUACUGUGGUGUAAUCCCCUCAUUUUUGUAACGCUUAAUAAAUCAAUCGUAAGCAAUUGUUUUUUCCCUCGUUCUUGACUUCCAAAGAAACUGGAUCGUAAAAACAUCAGGAUCCAACAGCAACUUCUUAUCACCUAGGAGAGACCCUGAUGAUAGGGGAAAAUGAUGUUUAGUUACAUCCUAUAUCUGGAGUGGGAUUUAAAAUGCUUUUGUCUCUUAAGUGUUUAAUGUCUCCCCAAUACAGAUCAUGUACGCUGCAAAGACCAGCCAUUCAGCCCAGUGGGAGCCACACUGGGAAAACUCCGAGGACCAGCCCUCCAGCCACACCUUCCCCCUCAUAGCUCCACCUGCUGGAAUAUUACUGCAACUCAUUCUGAUCUCUCAGUUGAUUUGACUUAUGUUUAAACGCAUAUCCGCUGC